AGCUGCAGCUGCGAGAGCCUGGGCGCCGGGCGGGCGGCGGCGGCGCGGCCGCCCAGCGGCGACUCCCUCUCCAGUGCUUCCACUUCUCACUCAGACCAUUCUGCCCAUACCAAGUCUGCUUCUGCAGUAUCAUCCGACUCGGUCUCCACCUCGACAGACAAUUUUUCUCCAGAUUUAAGAGUCUUGAGGGAGUCUAAUAAAUUGGCCGAAAUGGAAGAGCCACCUUUGCUACCAGGAGAAACUAUUAAAGACAUGGCUAAGGAUGUUACUUACAUCUGCCCGUUCACUGGUGCAAUCAGAGGAACUCUUACUGUAACCAAUUAUAGACUGUAUUUUAAAAGCAUGGAACGGGACCCUCCUUUUGUCCUAGAUGCAUCUUUAGGUGUAAUCAACAGAGUGGAGAAAAUUGGAGGUGCUUCCAGUCGUGGGGAGAAUUCCUAUGGGUUGGAGAUUGUAUGCAAGGAUAUUCGAAACUUGCGGUUUGCUCAUAAGCCUGAGGGGAGGACCAGACGAUCUAUAUUUGAGAACUUAAUGAAAUAUGCUUUCCCAGUUUCAAAUAAUCUGCCACUUUUUGCAUUUGAGUACAAAGAGGUUUUUCCAGAAAAUGGAUGGAAGGUCUACGACCCUAUUUGGGAGUAUAAAAGACAGGGAAUUCCCAAUGAAAGCUGGAGACUGACCAGGAUUAAUGAGCGCUACGAGCUGUGUGAUACAUACCCUGCUAUUCUUGUUGUGCCUGUAAACAUUCCUGAUGAAGAAUUAAAGAGAGUAGCAUCUUUCAGAUCAAGAGGACGCAUACCAGUAUUGUCAUGGAUUCAUCCAGAAAGUCAAGCAACGAUCACUCGCUGUAGCCAACCAAUGGUGGGAGUGAGUGGCAAGCGAAGCAAGGAAGAUGAAAAGUACCUUCAAGUCAUCAUGGAUUCUAACGCUCAAUCCCAUAAAAUCUUCAUAUUUGAUGCAAGGCCCAGUGUGAAUGCUGUAGCCAAUAAGGCUAAAGGAGGGGGCUAUGAGAGUGAGGAUGCCUAUCAGAAUGCAGAAUUAGUGUUCCUGGACAUUCACAAUAUUCAUGUUAUGAGAGAAUCACUGAGAAAACUGAAGGAGAUUGUAUAUCCCAAUAUUGAAGAGACUCACUGGCUGUCUAAUUUAGAGUCAACUCACUGGCUGGAGCAUAUCAAGCUCAUUCUUGCUGGAGCUCUUCGAAUUGCUGACAAAGUGGAGUCGGGGAAGACGUCUGUGGUAGUACACUGCAGUGAUGGCUGGGACCGGACAGCCCAGCUUACCUCUCUUUCUCUGCUCAUGUUAGAUGGCUACUACCGAACUAUCAGGGGCUUCGAAGUACUGGUGGAGAAGGAGUGGCUGAGCUUUGGCCAUAGAUUUCAGCUGAGAGUGGGCCACGGAGAUAAGAAUCAUGCAGAUGCAGAUCGUUCUCCUGUCUUCCUGCAGUUCAUCGACUGUGUCUGGCAAAUGACAAGACAGUUUCCUACAGCAUUUGAGUUCAAUGAGUACUUCCUGAUAACCAUCCUGGAUCACCUGUACAGCUGUUUGUUUGGGACGUUCUUGUGUAGCAGUGAGCAGCAGAGAGUGAAGGAGAGCCUUCCAAAAAAGACUGUGUCACUUUGGUCUUACGUCAACAGCCAACUUGAAGACUUCACUAACCCCUUGUAUGUGAGCUACUCCAACCAUGUCCUGUAUCCUGUGGCCAGCAUGCGCCACCUCGAGCUGUGGGUCGGCUACUACAUCCGAUGGAAUCCCAGGAUGAAACCGCAGGAACCUGUCCACAAUCGCUACAAGGAGCUUCUUGCCAAGCGGGCCGAGCUUCAAAAGAAAGUGGAGGAAUUGCAGAGAGAAAUCACCAACCGCUCCACCUCAUCCUCGGAGAGAGCUGGCUCUCCCGCACAGUGUGUCACUCCUGUACAGACAGUUGUAUAAUACAGACUAGUUUGCUGAGUACUUUCCUGGGACCAUCAAGGCAGCUGUUCUGAAACUCUGAAUUUCCAUCGUGGUGUCGUGGAGAUGCCAACCUAUUUAUUUAUUUCUCUCCAGGAUAAUUUAUUAGUACUGUAGCAAUAGAAGAAGCUUAAGCAAGGAAGAAAAGAAAAAACAGGGGGAAAAAAAGGCCCUCAAUGCAAGUAAUCAUCUCAGUGGCUAGAUUAUAAUGCAAGCUAAUUGCACUUGCCACCUAAAAGAAACCUAGAGCUCUUUGUUCGCUUCUGUGUUGGAAAUCACUUUGCUUUAAAGAGGGACUGUGCACUAGAAUGAAGUAUGGGAAAAAUGUCUACUCAGGAUUUUGAAAAAUCUCCUCUUUGCUAAAAGGAAAUACACAGGCUGAAGGAGGAAGAUGCUAAUUUCAUAUUGCAUCCUAGAAUAUGACUGUGCUACUUCAUAUGACCCUGUGUGUUAACAAGGUAUGCACAGCAGUGGCAAAGAAAGUGUUUUGCCAACAUAUUGAAAGACAAGUAGUUAGUUACAGAAUCUGAAAUGUAUCAUCACUGUUCUUGCAUUUCCCUUCACUUCUUACACAUCAUAGGAAACCGUGUAAAUGAUGCCUUCUUUAAAGAAAGGGCAUCUUCUACCAGUAAAACACAGUGGUAGAGGAGCAACCUGCAUCAGUUAAUGUUGUAGGACAAACUUUACUUCCAUCUCCAUAACUUUAAAUUCUUAUUUAUAGUUUACAUCAGGUGUGCUAGGACAGUAACUUACUUAAGCACUUUUUGGGUGGGGUGAGCAAAAUGGGCCCCUCCUCCCACCCACCCCAGGCUUUCUGCAGUUCUUCUGGUUUCCUGUGCCUCAUGUACAGGAGAGGGGAAAGUGGAGCGGUAUGAAGGGGCACAUGUAAAAAGCUGUUUUGCUUGGUAAGCAUAAGUAGUGAUUUAAUGCUUCUGUGCAGGACCAUAGUGGCAUGCUUAAGGUAUUUUGUUUUUCUGGUUAACUAACAAUGGAAGUCUGUCAACCAAAGAAGCCUUUCUGCCUGCGUUACAAAACAACAUUAUUCCAGUAGACGAAAUAGCUCAACCAUUUUUUUAAGCCCUAGGUUAAAGUCUUUUUACUCAGAGUAUAGUGUACUUCAAGAAUUAGUGCUAUGCACAUAAUUAAACUUAUGCGCAAAUUCAAUACAGAAUUUUAUUAUAGAAGUGGAGAUGAGGGGAAAAAAAAAAGAGAGAACGAGACUCCUGCAUUUGGUGGAACCAUGACUCCACCAGGGCCUUUCUGAGCAGAUCAGUACUGGGCUGUAGAUGAUGGGGUUCUUACAGUGAAGAGUGUGGUAUGUUUGCAAGGAUAUUUACUCCAGUUUGCCUCUCAGUUUUGUACUAAGCAAGAGGAUUACUGCAUGGUCUGGGUUCUUAUGUUGGUCUUUUAUGAUAGGCCCUCAUGCUAAGGUCACUUCUUUAGUAUACCACUACAAUACACCACAACCUUUCUUCAGGGACAGAGAAGUAUUGUCUGAGAGGACUUAAGGGUGGGCCAUUUCAUACAUCAGAAAUUGCCUUUUCAGAGGACAUAACAAGAGUUUCCUUCUGCAGUUUCCAUUUCUGCCUCCUACUGCAGUCAGUAUCUCAGUACUUAAGACAUCUGCAGCCUUCUUCCAACACAAUGAUCAACAGGCACUGUGGCAUCACUGCAUUUGUUAAAGUAGGGCCUGAGACUUAAAACCACCUUUGUGGUUUAAGAAUGCAAAGAAUUCACACAGUAUACCUUCUGAACUAUUUAAUUUGCUUUAAAGUUGAAUGGCAGACCUGCUCUCAUGUACAAUCACUGUAUAAGAUGAUUCAUAGCAGUAUUCCCUGUUAGCAGACUGAGUGUGUAUGUGUAUUUUUUUGUUUCUUGAUAAAGACUGUUUGGUUUCCUUAACACUAAUAAAAAUUGAUGAAUAGAUAAA